CGGAGGGACUAACAAUCGGCAAAGUUCUAGACAAUGUAGCACAGGGACAAUGUGAAGAGCAGAAGCUCCUAGAAACUUCCGUCAUUCUUCUUCUAUUUUCCUCCGGAAGUUCCACAUUUCCGCUAUAUAAUCACCCCCCUCUACCCCAACAUUCCCUGCAAUCAGAAUCCAACACACAAUUUGAACGUUACAAACACAAAUCACACAUCAAAAUUAAAACCAGUUGAUCAAAGAAGAGAAAAAUGGAUUUGAGGCUGAUGGGUAUCGACGCACCACUCUUCCACACACUCCAGCACAUCAUGGACGCUGAAACCGACGAUUCCGACAAGCCCGUGAAUGCCCCAUCAAGGAACUAUGUCCGUGACACUAAGGCCAUGGCUGCCACACCCGCAGACGUGAAAGAGUACCCUAAUUCGUAUGUUUUCAUUGUUGAUAUGCCAGGGUUGAAAUCUGGAGAUAUCAAAGUGCAGGUGGAAGUUGACAAUGUGCUGAUGAUUAGUGGAGAAAGGAAAAGGCAAGAAGAGAAAGAAGGAGCAAAGUAUAUCAGAAUGGAGAGAAGGGUCGGCAAAUUCAUGAGGAAGUUUACACUUGCGGAGAAUGCGAAUAAUGAUGCUAUUUCUGCUGUUUGUCAAGAUGGGGUUCUGACUAUCACGGUACAGAAGUUGCCUCCUCCUGAGCCCAAGAAACCCAAAACCAUUGAGGUCAAAAUUGCAUGAAAUAUUGGUGAAGUUAUGACUCUUUUUUGGACAUGGAAAAGAAAUGUUAUUUGUUUUGAUGUUCGGUGGAAUGAUGUGGUACGUAAUAAAAAUGGUAGAGAUGUAGUACUGAUAUUGUACUCCAUUUAUUGGGCAUGAUCUUUUGUAUGUUUCUUGUUUAGUGCAGUGAAAUGCUUCUUCUAGUA